ACAUUUAGAUCAGAGCAGCAUCUGCUGGCGCAGUUGAAGCUAUGGUGUCAAUGAGAGUUACAGUGAUGGCUGUGACACUUGUUACUGUUUGUGUCCUGGUUACAAACACACAUGCAGGUUAUGUUUAUUGCUGUCGAAGAUACUUGCCGGGAAGACUCCCAUUUUCAGAGAUAAAGGGUUUCUCAUUGCAGAGGAAAACUGCCCUUUGUCCCAUCAACGCCAUCAUUUUCCACACAAGAAAAGACAAAAGAUGUGUUGACCCCGAACUUGAAUGGGUGAAGGACUACGUCAGCCAAAUAGAAACUUUGGCAAAGAAAAUUCCAGUCCAGACUAAGAAAAUUCCAGUCCAGAUGAAGAAAAUUCCAGUCCAGACUAAGAAAAUUCCAGUCCAGAUGGCAGGACUCCCACCAGAUCGCACUGCCACAGACUCUGCCACUGCCACAGACAAGCAAAACCAGUAUGUAACAGAGAAAGUUCAUCAGAUGGCAAAACCCCAGCAAGAGAACAGCCUUCCCUCAGUCUCCAACAAAAUCAUCGAAGAUGGGCCGCUACCCAUGACAUUGUGUAAAUGGUAGAAAAUUAAUUAACAUUUAUCUUUUCAAGACAUAAAUGAUACUAUAUUCUAUUUGUUUUACUUUUUCCUUCCAUAUUCUCCCUUACUCUUCUCUCCCAUUUUCCCAUCCCAUCCUUUGUUUUUUAUACAUACUGUACAUGUUCCUAGUUAGAAGAGGUCCUAGACCAUAUUCUUGUUGUAGAAUAUUAACAUUAACACAAAUAAAAAAAAUCUAUAAGUUUUUAAAUGCACUUUUAAGGUUUUAUUUCUGUAUGCAGUACCCAGUGCAACCCAGCAUUUCUUUUAUAACGCACUCUAAGACCAAAUAGUUGUACAAAAAAAUAGACGAGUAAAAUAUAAGAAUAGAUUAAAAAAAGAUACAAAAUGGCUUUUGCUUAGUGUUUUCUGGCUUUUUAUUCUUUUAUUAUGUAAAAAAUUAUUCAAUUGUGGAAAAUAACCAAAAUGUGAAUACAAUGUAUGAGAGCUUAUACAUUAAAAUAAUUUUUGUAAAAUUACCUUUUGCUUCCUGUGCUACAUAAUGAAAUAAAUGUAACUGCUGCUGCUGCAUCUUAUAAAAUAAACAUGUAUAUUUAACUGGUUAGCCUGCACAGCUACAGACUGGUUUUCAGAUCAAAGUCACUCUAAUGGAGUCAGGACAGGCUUUUCUAAAGCAGAAGCACGUCUGAGAAAAUCACAUAGGCAAGGUGAGAAAAGCCAAUGAACAUAAAGUACAAAUAUUUAUAUAAUUACUAGUAACUUAAAUAAGAAAUAACUAUGUAUUUAUCCAGCUGUUUAAGAUAAAGACUGAUAAAUGUUAUGGAUGCAAUAUUAAAAUAGUCACAAACAUAAAUAUGAAAUGCAAGAGAGGGUGAGGUGAACUCAGCCUGAGGUUUUUAUGUCUUAUUUUAAAGUUCGGCCAAAUAUUAGGGGAUCUACUUUGGGCUGCGGUUGCUACUAAAUACAUCUUAUAUCAGUUAGUGCCGUGUGGUUUUCAGUAACGUUCUUGUUAUUAAAUACGCAUGUUUUUUGUCGUUGUGGUUUCUCAGUUGAUAUACGGGUGUGUAUGUAGCAAGGUGAAGAAAAAAAAUGAGUACAAGACCUCUGUGAUUAGCAGCUUGCAGGGUCCAGACAGAAAACAGGAAACCGCGUUCAGAUCAGAGCAGCCUCUGCUCUGGUUUUUGGUUCCCUUCUGAUUCUCUCGUUGGGGAAUAUGGUGAGAAACUAGAGACGUACGUGUCUCCACACUCUGCAGAAGCUGUAGUGAUGAUGCCUAUUAAAUCAUACCAUUACAGGAAGUAUCACAAAGUCUUUUUCAUCUGUUUUCUUCAGUGUGGGCUUUGGUUCUGGUAGAACUGCAGCAGUGGUAAUGUAGGAUGAGUUGCAUUGCUCUCAAACCUCUCAGAUAAUUUACACAAAAUGAAUCUAAAAGUAUCUCAACUCAGCAUGCAAUACCAGUUACAGCGUUUUUCAGUAUAUAAACAUUUUAAUUAAAAAAAUACAACUUUCUCAAUGCAAAUAAAUAUGUUAGGGAUAAAGAUAAUAUGCAUAAUAUAUACAAUCUGUGUGCUUCACAAGAGGCUCAACCUUUGUAAAAUACAUUAGCAAUAAGUUAUUUUUUAUACAAAUUUAUAACUUAAUCAUUGCUACAUCUCCAACCACAAAUACUGGCAACAUUUAUUCACACCCCUGAUAAUGAUGUG